AUGUCUUCCGUGGCUGGGCUUGCUGGUCUCUACAUCAUGAAAAACGGCUAUCUAAGGUUGCUUCCAGGAUUCUUGAUUCUGCUGAUUUUGCCAUCGGAAUCCACAUCCUUGAACAUGAAACCCUGUGCUUGGUGGUGCGACCAAAACCCUCCAUGUGUCAACACCGAUGCCUGCCGCUGCAUUCCAGGAUUCAGUUCUGCAUCUGAGGACAGCUUCACCAGCCCCUUGAAGAGUUGCCAUGACAUCAACAAGUGUGGACCAUCAUGGAAAGUGUCCUGUGGAAUAUAUGUAGACUGCCAGAACUUUAACAACACAUGGCGUCAAUGCAGAGGAAACAGAACUCUUUCUCAAAAAGAAUUUGAGAAUGAGUGUACUAACAAAACACUUGAACUCAAUCUACUCCUGCUGAAGACAAUGAAGAAUGCAGUCCAGAAACUUAAAAAGAUCUCCAUCCACACCUGGACCGCACCCUCAAGUAUCAACAGCUCGACACUCUCCUGCUUCUUCAACAGAGUCCAGAAUCUUAGUGAAAACAUGGAGUCAGUCCCUGUCCAGGACACUAUCCAGAACCUCAUACAGGGGGUGGAUGAAAUGCUGGAGGCCCCCCGGGACCUGGAAACCCUGCCCAGCUCAGAGCAGCACCUUGUGGCCUCUAACCUGCUCAUUGGCCUGGAAACUGUCUUGAGAGGACUGAGCAGGUCCCUGGACAAUGAGUCACUGCACUUCAGUUCACCUUCAGGCACAGAAAUGUCACUGAAGGCACUGGAUAAAGAAGAUAAGAAUGUCACCUUGAUUCAGAAUAACAUAAAGAUGAUACUGAUCUGGGAUGCAGUGCAUGAAUCUAAUGACUCAGGUCCCAUGGUGGUGGGCCUUGUCUCCAUGCCUGGGAUUGAAAAGUUGCUGGAUAAAGUCCCCCUGAUAGUGGAUGCUGAGGAACAGGCAGUUCCACAUGAGACACACAAGGAAUUGCUGCAGGAAACUCCCCCUAUCCUGCUGUCAGAUGUCAUAUCCGUUUUCAUCAGCAACAGUAACACACAGAACCUCAGUUCCCCAGUCAAAUUUGUCUUCAAACAUUCAAGGACCCCUGAAACAAAGGGGAAGGUGCACUGUGUCUUCUGGGAGCAGGGCCAGAAUGGAAGUGGCCACUGGGCAACCAGAGGCUGCAGGACGAUGGACAGCCGAGACGACAGCACCACCUGCCAGUGCACCCACUUCAGCAGCUUUGCUGUCCUCAUGGCCUACUACGAUGUGCAGGAGGAGGAUCCCACACUGACUGUGAUCACCUACGUGGGACUGAGCCUUUCUCUGCUGUGCCUCCUCCUGGCGGCCCUCACCUUCCUGCUGUGCAAAGCCAUCCAGAACACCAGCACCUCGCUCCACUUGCAACUCUCACUCUGCCUCUUCCUGGCCCACCUGCUCUUCCUGACAGCCAUCGACAGAACUGAGAGCAAGGUGCUGUGUACCAUCAUUGCGGGUGCCUUACACUAUCUCUACCUGGCCUCCUUCACCUGGAUGCUGCUGGAGGGUCUGCAGCUCUUCCUCACUGCCCGCAACCUGACGGUGGUCAACUACUCCAGUGUCAACAGGUUCAUGAAGAAGUUCACGUUCCCAGUGGGCUACGGAGUCCCGGCUGUGAUUGUGGCCAUUUCUUCUGCAUCCAGGCCUCAUCUUUAUGGAACACCCAAACGGAUGCUAACAUUCAAAGCCACAGCUCAGCUCUUUAUCUUGGGAUGUACAUGGUGUCUGGGAAUCCUGCAGGUGGGACCAGCUCCACAAGUCAUGGCCUACCUCUUCACCAUCAUCAACAGCCUGCAGGGUUUCUUCAUCUUCCUGGUGUACUGCCUCCUCAGCCAGCAGGUGCAAGAGCAAUACAAGAUAUGGUUCAAAGGGAUCAAGAAAAAGAAAACUGAGUCUGAGGAGUACACACUCUCCAGCAGGGCCAUGUCGGAACCCUCUAAACACAGUGAGGUCUGUGUCCCUGCUUUGCUGGAGAGUUAG